UGCACGACGAGGAGUUCCCCUCCCUCCUCUCAGCCUGCCUUCUGAAACGCCUUUACCAGCCACGCCUCACCUAGCCGCACUCACCGAGAGCCGGAGCAGCUUCAAUCAGGGCCAUGCAACCGAGCGGCCGCGAAAUGGCCGGCGGCGACGGCGGGGGUGGGCCGCAGGCCGACGACUUCUUCGACCAGAUGCUUUCCACGCUGCCUUCCGCGUGGGCCGACCUGGGCGCCGGCGGCAAGUCGCCCUGGGAGCUGGCCGCGGGCGCCGCCGCCGAGGACCCUGCCGCGCAGGCCUUCGGCGACGAGUCGGCGCUGCUCGCGUCCCGCCUCCGGCAGCACCAGAUCGGCGGGGACAAGUCCUCCCCGGUUAUGCUGCAGCUCAGCGACCUGCACCGCCACGGCCUGGCAGGCGGCGGCGAGGAGAGCGGGGGCGCUGGCGGUUUCUCCACCCCGCUGCCGCUGUUCACGGACCGGUCGGCGCCGGCGCGGGAGGAGAUGGAAGGCGGCUUCAAGUCGCCCAAUGCUACCGGAGGUGAUCACGCGCUGUUCAACGGGUUCGGGAUGCAUGGCCAUGGCACGGCCGCCGUGCAGCCACAGUUUGGGCAGGGAGGAUCAGUGUCGCCUCAGAGCCAUCUGGGAGGACCGGCGGGGAGCGGCGGCGCGACACCAGCUGGCGCAGCCUCAUCAGCCGGCGGCGGGGCAGCACCGCCGCGGCAGCAGCGGGUGCGGGCGAGGAGAGGCCAGGCCACGGAUCCCCAUAGCAUAGCUGAACGUCUUCGUAGGGAGAGGAUUGCGGAGCGGAUGAAAUCGCUGCAGGAGCUGGUCCCGAACGCCAACAAGACGGACAAGGCGUCGAUGCUGGACGAGAUCAUCGACUACGUCAAGUUCCUGCAGCUCCAAGUCAAGGUUCUGAGCAUGAGCCGGCUGGGAGGAGCCGCCGGCAUGGCGCCUCUGGUUGCAAGCAUGUCCUCGGAGGGCAAUGGCAAUGGGAGCAGCAGCAACAGCGGCGGUGCAAAAGGGAAUGCUGGCACCAAGGACACCGUCAACGGCGAGGGCCGCGGCGGCGGCGGUCUGCUGGUGACGGAGAAACAGGUGGCAAAAAUGAUGGAGGAGGACAUGGGCACGGCCAUGCAGUACCUGCAGGGCAAGGGCCUGUGCCUCAUGCCCAUCUCCCUCGCGUCCGCCAUCUCCUCCGCCACCUCGUCCGCGUCGCUCCUCUCGCGCCCGCCCGUCCGCCACGCCGCCACCGGCGGAGGCGGCCAGCUGCAUGACGGCAACGGCGCCGCAGCUACGUCGCCGGCGUCGGCUAACGGUGCUGGGGGUGACGAGCCACGGCCCGUCACGGACGGCGGCGGCGCCGGUGGCGGGAAGCAGUGAGUGAGCCUGGCC